UUAAAAUAUAUAUAUUUAAAAGUAAAAUAUCAUUGAUAAGAAUAUGUUUUUAAAAUUUAUUUUGGUCAUAUGGUAAUUUAAAAACAUUCGAUCAAAAACAAAUAUACCGCGCACGCAAUAUGACAUUUUAAAGAUCGAUUAUUUUCGACUGAUAGCUAUAGUCAACUUUACCAUUAGGUAAAUUUUUUAUUUAUUUAUUCCAUAGAUAAUAUAAAAUGUCGUAGUUAAAUAAUUAGACCAUUAAAAAAUUUAUCUUAAGUAAUUAUAAAUAAAAUUUAACAAUUGUCAACAAUAAAUACAACUGGAUGAGUGAUAGCUAAUAAUACUUGAGUUUUCACGUUUAUUUUGAGAAUACGACAUGUUCUGGCAGUAUAAAUUAAAUUCAAAAAGGAAUCAAAGUUUAGUCUAUCUCACAUCUACAAAUACAUCAUCAUCAUCAUCAAAGUCAACGGAUUCAUCAACAAUAACAACGACGACAACAAAUUCUGCAUGCAAUAUUAUUAAAGAAAGACAAAGACCAGUUUGGUUACAUUUAAUAGCAAUAUUUUUUUCAAAAAGAAUGCUCUAUGCUGCAGUACAGUAUGGCAUAUCAGUCGGUGUUAUGAUUCACUAUCACGCACGUUUAGGUUUUCAUUUAUUAUUAUUAGCUGCGUGUAUGGAACACGUUUAAUUAUUACUAAUUAUUAUCACUUUUACCAUUUUAAUUAAUUUAAUUAAAUUCAAUAGUAAAAAUAAAAAUACCGCAGUAAUAUUUAUAAGUUUAUUAAUUUAAAUGUCGAUUAUAAAUGUUAUUUUAAUUUAACAACGUGUGACUAAUUAAUUAAAGUGAGAUAUUGAUAGAUAAGUAAACAAAAAAAAUAUAAAUAAGUAAAGAUGUUAUUGCCAUUAAGACAAGUAGUACUGAUAAGUAGAAAACAAAUUAUUAGUCCAUCAAAAGUACCAGUAAGAUGGACAUUAGGAAAUAAUUGUUGCCAGUAUCGUGUGUCACGAUCGUUGUAUAUUCAAUCAUCGUCAUCAUUUGUUAAAAUUUAUCAACGUAAUGGAUUGCUCAGGAUUAAUAAUUAUUUUUAUACAACACCAAGACGUAAUAUUUCACCAGCAGUUGCUUUAUUGAUAAGACCUCUUACGAGAAUCGGUGCAUUGUUGUUUGGUAGAUUUUUUCGAAAAUGGUGGGCACGUAAAACCCCUGAAGAAAAGAAAUUGUAUAUAGCAUGGGUCUGUAGGCAAAGGCAGAAAAUUUAUGGAGCCUUCGGAUUUUUAGUGGCGGUUUUUUUUAUGUUUUAUUUAAUGAAUAUUGAGGUGGAUCCGUUAACCGGUAGAUCUAGAUUUAUAAGCAUGAACCCACAACAACAAAAAGUUCUUGGAAAAAUAACUUUUGAAACUCACUUGGAGAUGCACAAAGAUUUAAUAGUACCUACAACGCAUCCAUCGUAUGUCAGAUUAUUAAGAAUUGUAAAUAGAUUAUUAGAAGCAAACAAAGAUUUACCUCAAGUUAAACAAAGAAAUUGGACAUUAUCCGUAAUUAAUUCUGAUGAUCAAAAUGCUUAUGUCUUACCGAGUGGAAAUAUUUUUGUCUUCUUAGGAUCAUUGAAAAUGGCUGAAAAUGAUGAUCAGUUAGCAACCGUAUUAGCUCAUGAAAUAGCUCACGUUCUUUUACAACAUCCAAUUGAACAGAUUUCGAGAAAUUUAAUUCAAGAUAUACUUUUGGCAAUACCUAUUGCAGUAGUAUGGGCAUUGUUUCCAGAUCUGCUGGCAUUGUUUCUUCAAGCAUUAGGAAUAAAUAUGUUUGAUAUUCUUGUUACGUAUCCGUACAGUAGAAAAUUGGAAACUGAAGCUGAUAAUGUUGGAUUAAUGUUGGCGGCCAAAGCUUGUUACGACGUACGACAAGCCGUUGUAUUUUGGGGAAUGAUGAGGACUAUGAUAGAAUUAAACCUAAAACCUGAAUUGAUUCCUUCCUGGCUUUCAACGCAUCCAGAUCAUGCAGAUCGUGAAAAAAAUUUAACUCAACAGUUACCUUUGGCCAUGGCCGUUAGACAGCAAAAAGGGUGUCCAAAACUAAAUCCAGCUGAUCCAAUAAAAUUUUUCAACGCGCUCAGUAUCAGAGAACAUACUGACUCAUUAAAUAAUUUUUUUUUCAAAAUGCUCGCAAGUAAUUUAAUAAUAUUCAUACUUUUUGUUAAUAUUUCAAUAAGUUUCUGUUAUAAUAUCGUUUUAAAAAAUGCAAUUAUUGCUCGUAAUCGUGAUUUUUCAUAUUUUGGAUACAGUAUUUUACUUCGAAAACCCUGGAUGAUUGUAGGAGCACCCAGAGCUAAUUAUUCAUCAGUACCUAGAAGUUCCCGAGCUCCUUACGAACCAGGUGCUUCUUACAGAUGUAAUUUAAAAAGUGUAAAGUGCGAACAAUUUAGACCAAUUGAUGUUAAUGAUGAGUCAGGGUUUAUUAGUCAAGUUAAUUAUAAUAGUGUAAUUAAAAAAGAGGAUGGUUGGUUUGGUGCAGCAAUGGCUUUAGAUGAAAAUAAUGAUAUUUUAACAGUCUGCGCUCCAAGAACAAUUAUAUCUAUUUUUUCAAUAAUGGAUAAACACGUUAGCAUGCAUGGUGUUUGUUACAGUGGUAAAAUAUCAUCAGGAAAUUUAGAAUUAGACGAUAAUUUUAAAUCUCAUGAUUUUUUAUCAACUUUUUGGUAUAAUCCUUUGCAUGGAUUUUCUGUACAUUAUGCUAAAACAAUUGGAAAUGAUAAAAAUAAUAAAUAUAAAAUGAUUACUGGAGCGCCAAAGCAUGAAAUCAUCGGUACUGUCCAAAUCAAAGGUCAAAAAACAGCUAUUCUACUUCCGACAAUUGAUGAUUUAACACAAUUUGGAUACGCUGUUACUUCAGGAUAUUUCUUCAAUAAAAAUAAACUUCUUUUUGCUGGGGGUGCUCCUGGAUGGAAUCUUAUUGGACAAGUAGGAAUGUUAGAUCCUGAAACAGAUCCAGCAAAAGUAAUAAUGAGUAUAAAAGGACAAACGGUUGGUGAAUACUUUGGAGCUAGUUUGACAGCUGGAGAUAUUAAUAAUGAUGGGUAUGAUGAUCUUAUUAUUGGUGCUCCUCAUUGGGGAAGUGAUAAUGGAAGAGUUUACAUUUAUUUUGGCAGUACUCUGUUACUUCAACAAAUCAGUUUUUUUAUUGGAACACAACAGUUUUGUUACAGUUACAAACUAUUGCUUGGCCCAGCGAAGAAUUUGCUAGCAUUACAAAAACAUUGUAAUCCCAACGAAUGCUUCGUUAUCCGUAUAUUAAGGCAGAAUUUUGUUACCAGAUUUUUAGAACCACCAAUUAUAAUUAAUGGGCCAACUGAAGACAGUUGUUUUGGAUACUCUAUAACUACCGGUGACAUUGACUCAGAUGGAUAUAGUGAUUUAAUUGUAGGAGCGCCUUGGGAAGACAAUGGAGCAGUUUAUGUCUACAACGGUGAUUUAAUAUCUAACAUGGAGACUAAUUUAAAUGUCCAAGUACUCAGAGUUAAAUCAACAGUAAAAACAUUUGGAUUUUCAUUAUCGACUCCCGUUGAUAUUGAUGACAAUGGAUUUCCUGAUAUUGCUAUUGGGGCUUACAAAUCUGGUCAUGCUUUAGUAUUGAAAAGUAGACCUGUCUUGAAAGUUAAUUUAUUUGGUCACUCAUCGCCUCGUACUCUCGAUCGCAACACCACGAGUUUUCAAUUAACAUUUUGCGUAGAGCAUUUUAAAAAUGGAAACCUUUUCCAACCAUUUGUAGAGAGUUUUAAUUUGACUAUUUCUGUUGAUAAAAAUUUUGAAAGAGUUAACGAAACGAAAAUUUUUCUCCAGCAUAUUUUCAAGUGGAAUGAUACUUUAGUUACUCUUUGCAUUAAUAAAGAUAUUCAGUUAUUGGAAAGUAAUAAAAAUUUUAUCGACUCAAUUGAUGUUGAAGUGACUCAUAAAUUUCAUAAUGUAACAAUUUCAAAAGAUAAAGGCGCAGUUGUAUGUGAUCUGUGUCCUAUUGGAUAUAAAGGAGUGGAAUCGACUAUCAAACAUUUAAGUAUUCCAUUCAAUACCGAAUGUGGAUUAGAUGAAGUUUGUACAUCUUCAAUAUCUGUAACUACUAAUUUCAUUGGAGUUAGUGAUGAAAUGACUUGGAUAAUUGGAUCCAAAGACAUAAGCUUAGAAUUUAAUAUUAAAAAUGAAGCUGAGCCAGCCUAUUUAACAUCAAUAAGUAUUGAAUUACCUGAAAAUAUUUAUUUACGUAGCGUAUUACCUUUUUGUCAAGAAAUUACAGAUGGAGAAACUUUAAAAGUCACUUGUGAUGUUGACAAUCCAUUAUUAGUUGGAACUACGAAAACGAUCACCAUAGAUUUAGACAUGAGUCAACUAAAUGACGGCAGUUUAAAUGGAACGACUGUAAACUUUGAUAUUAAAAUAAAUACACGAAGUCAAAAUAAUGGUGACCAACAUAUAUAUGAAUCUCUUUUGUUAUUAAGUGAAUUUGUUUUUAAUUUGCAUGGAAAUGCUAAUGACAAGAACUAUUACUACUCAAUUGAAGAUGAGUCAUCAUCAAAUAUUAGUUUUCAGCAUGCGUAUCAACUUCAAAAAAUUGGCGGAACUCCUGUUUUGCUAUCAAGACUUACGAUUAAUGUACCUACUAAAUUGCGAGGAGUAGAAAUCGUUACUUUAACGAAUAAGCCACGAAUUUUUAUCUCAGGAAAAUUAUAUAAAUGUUCAACGAUUGGAAUUCCAAUGGUAAAAAAAUCAGUAAAUUAUAGUCCAAUGAUUUUAAAAGAAGAAAUUCUAGAAUAUAAUUUAAAUACGAGUGAAAAAAUAUCAACUAAUAAUUCAAAUUUAAUAAUAAAACGAAGUACUGAUCAACUUCCUGAUAAAUUAAUUCCACUGAUGACAUCAAAUCCUCAAUCAGAAGCAUUGAUAAAUGAGAAUGCACCUAAAAUAUAUUUAAACUGUACGUCAACGGAUGUGGAAUGUGGAAAAAUAAUUUGUGAUAUCGGUUCUUUGAAUAGUUAUCAAGAUACCGGUGGACUGCAGCUAGAUUUUUCAAUUAAUCCUUUACUUUUAUGGAAUAACACUCAAGAAAAUUAUGAAGAGCAAGUUAUUUUUACAACAGAUGCUUUGAUUGACGUUAUUAAACCUGUAAUGAAAGAAUUUAUUUCCGGUACAAAUUUAAUUACUUAUACUCAUACAAUUAUUUAUAAAAUUGAUAGCAAUAAGAAUAAAUCAAUCAGUAUUUGGAUUAUUAUUGGGUCUGUGUUACUAGGAUUAGUUGCAUUAUUCAUUAUUGCAAUUAUAUUAUACAAGUAUGGAUUUUUUAAUCGCAGUAAAAAACAAGAACUAGCGGCUCUAAAAAAUGAAACAGACAGCAUAUCAGGAGCGUCGUAAUUAUAACUAUCGUUUAUUUAUAAAAGUACAUCAUUAUUUAUUGACUUUUUUUUUGAUAAUAUAAGUAGUUAAUUAUUUAAUUCUUGAAAAUUUAUAUUUAAUAAAGCGUUCGGUAAAAAUGCUACUGAAAUUGAUAAAAAAAAAAAAAAAUAAAAUUUAUGCUAUAUCUUAGAUAUAUGGAAAAAUAAUAAUUUUAUUUUUCGUGCAAAAAAAAUUCAUUCCAGAUUCUAAAAAAAUUGGACAUGUAGAGCUUUUAAAUUUGAGACGAAUUAGAAAUUCAAUUAAAACUUUUUUCGAAAUUUUAGAAGUUUAAGAGUAAAAGACUUGGCAGUGUUACAUGUUUACUCACAACAUCUCCACUAAAGGGAAAUGGUUGUAACUCUACUCAUAUACUUCUUUAUUCAGUCUCAACUCUUCUCAGUUUCUUAAUCAGCUUCAAUCAGACUCAGCAACAACUUUACUCAGUUAUAACUCUACUCACGUAUUUUGGCCUAUCGAUAAAAUAUCAAUUCUUUGUGAGUAGAGUUGUAGCUGAGUAAAGUUGUUGCAUAGUCUAGUUGAGUCUGAGUAAAGAUAUAACUGAGAAGAGUUGAAGCUGAGUUAAAAGAUAAAUAUUUUGAGUAGAGUUAAGGCUGAGUAAAGAAGUAAAUGAGUAGAGUUAUAACUAUUUAUCUUGAGUAGAGAUGUUGUAAGUAGACAUGUAACACUGCCUUAGAACUUCACGUUCAUAAAUUUCAAGUCAGAUGAGAACUUUUUUGAAAAAGCUUUUUUUUUUUAAAAACUCUUCAUAAUGGAGGAAAAAAUCUAGUAUAGGUUUUUAAAAUUAUAUUAUAAAAAUUUUCUCAUCUAGCAGAAAAUUCGUGCACAUAAAAUUAUAAAUCAACUAGAUUUUUUGCUGUUAAAAUUCUAAAGGCUCAAGAAAAAUAAAACUUGAAAUUCUAAUCUAUCGCAAAUUUAGAAAUUCUAUAUGUCCAAUUUUAUUGGAAUGAAUUUUUUUAC